ACACAAGAACACUCUCUUCUCUCUCUUUCUCGAGCCCCUACCUUCUUACCCACCUAUGGUUCUACCUGGUCUUUAGUCUUUACUCUGUCAUUUACCUCUCUCUCUCUCUCUCACUCUCUCUCACAUGUGUUACACCAGUGAGAUGGUUUAGUGAGAAGUAAACUUCUUGGUUUAGUAGCAAAAAAGAUUGAAAAGAAAAAAAAGGUAAUGCAUUUACGCUAUAACAUAUUAUCUAUGUUUGUAAGCAAGGCUCUCUUUAUUCAGAUCAAAUGGGUUUCAGGUCCCCACGAGCUACUUUUCUGGUAGAAACCCUUAUGUUCUUACUUCAUAAUCACCAAAAGAAAAGAUGACACAUAUUUUGGUCUAGUACUUCUCAGAUAGCUACAUUUCCAACUCGGCAAAACCCACCUAGAUCAGAAACCAUUUCCUCAUAUGGGCAGAACCCCACCUCCUUUUUUCCAGGGAGGAAUAUACAGAUUCCUCUCAUAAUCAUUUUUUCUCCCUAAUAAAAAAAUAAAAAAGAUCCAACCUUUCCACUUAUUCUGUCUAACCCAUUUGCAAAAAAAAGUUAGAAAAAUCUCAACUUUAGAGAAGUGAAGAGAUGGGUUGUGUUGCAUCAAAGCUAGAGGAGGAAGAAGUAGUAUCCAUCUGUAGAGAAAGAAAACAAAAGCUAAAGUUAGCUGUUGAUAAAAGACAUGCUCUUGCAGAGGCUCAUUGGAGGUAUUCUCAAGCUCUGUUUGCAGUUUCAGCAGCCAUAAAGCUCUUUGUCGCACGCCAUUCUUCUCCUUCUUCACCUUUCCUCAUUACCUUCCCACCACCUUGCUCCUCUUCUUCCUCUCCACCAUGUGAAAACCAGAACGUGAUAACGAACCCCAUGUUCCUCCAGCAAAUGCCAUCUGAGUCAACCUGUGAAACUGUUGACUGUGGUUCAUGCGCUUCCUCAACAUCUUCUUCAGACUCCGAAGAGCAAGAAGAAGAAGACGAAGAAGAAGAAGUGAGAGAAGUAAUAAGAGAACCAGAGAGGAGAGAAGAGCUUCAUCAGCCAUGUGGGUACUUUUACAUGCAAAUGCCACCACCUUCAAUGCCAUCACCCCAGAGAGAUUUUGGGUGGGAUUUCUUUAAUCCAUUUGACAAUGUGAACAGACCGGAGGUUAUCAGCGGGUACCGCCACAACUUAGACGACGACGUUUUGAGGGUGGUGAGGGAAGAGGAAGGGAUUCCUGAACUGGAGGAGGAAGAAAACAAGGUGGUGGUGGCUGAAGAUAAGGACGAAAAGAGGGUUGAGAAUGGAACAGUAAAUGAAGUAGCCAAGAUAGAUGAAACUAGUGUGAACCAGGUGGAGCCAAAGGGCUUAACGGUCAUUGACACGCCAGUGGAAGGAAGGGAACUUUUGGAAGCUUUGAAGGAUAUUGAGGACUAUUUUAUUAAGGCUUAUGAGUCUGGGAAAGAUGUCUCCAGGAUGUUAGAGGCUAAUAUGGUUCAAAUGCAGUCUGGUUUGGAAGAAAUAAAAGAGAACUCAACAAAACUCAUUCAGUCUGCACGGCACCGAUCCAUUAUAUCUAAGCCUUCAUCAUGUAAGAGUCUAGUAGCAUCAAGCUCCAAAAGUAGUUCAUCGUGGACAGAAUUUAGGAAUGAUCUUUUCGAUGAUUAUGGAGGAAUGGCUUCUGGAAGCCAUUCACUUACACUAGGAAGGCUAUAUGCUUGGGAAAAGAAGCUCUAUGAAGAAGUAAAGGCUGGAGAUAGCACAAGGAAACUGUAUGAGAAAAAGUGUUCACGCUUGAGAAACCUGGAUGUCAGAGGAGAUGAUGAACUUACUAUGGAUAAAACUAGAGCUACAGUGAAAGAUUUGUAUGCCAGGAUCUUGGUUGCAAUUAGGAGCGCUGAAUCAAUCUCGAUAAAAAUUGAGAAAUUAAGAGAUGAAGAAUUGUUGCCUCAGAUUGUUGAACUGUUGAAAGGAUUAACUCGAACAUGGAAGAUUUUGUUGGAAUCACAUGAAACCCAGAAUAAGAUUUUGAUUGAAGUCAAAAAAUUUACUUGUCCUGCUUUUGGGAAAUUCAGUAACGAAUCUCACUGGAUGGCAACUGUUCAGCUCCAGGCUGAGCUUCACAACUGGCGCGCCUGCUUUGUGGAAUAUGUUGCAGCCCAGAAAGCAUAUGUUGAAGCUCUUCAUGGUUGGCUAACCAAGUUCAUAGUCCCUGAAGUUGAAUUCUACUCUAGAAGCAAGGGCUCAGCUGUGUCCUGCAGAGUCAAUGGUCCACCAUUGCUCAUGAUAUGCCAUGACUGGUUAGCCUCCAUAGAGAAAUUGCCAGAGAAGUCAGUGGCCUUUGCAUUGAGAAGCUUUACGAAAGAUGUGAAGGCUCUUUUGGUUCAGCAAGGUCAAGAACAGCUACAGAAAAGGAAAGUUGAUAGCUUAGCUAAAGAACUUGACAGGAGAGUUCUUGCAUUCCAGAAGACAGAGGGCAGGUUUCUCGAAUCAAAAUUUAUUGAGCACAAAGAAUCAGACGCUGAAAAUCCGAAUGAAUAUUUGAAUGAGAAGAAAGAUCAGCUAGACAUGUUGAGAAGAAGGCUGGAUGUAGAGAAGGAAAAACACCACAAUCUCAUGCUGGAAACUCAAAGGAUCACAUUGAACGGAUUUCAGACUGGGUUUUGUACGGUUUUUGAGUCCUUGAUAGAAUUCUCUAAGGCAUCUCAGAACAUGUACAAUGACCUAGUGACUGAUAGUGAAAACUCGGAGAAGGCUGGGAACAUGUCAUAUAUAGAGGACACUAGAGUUGAACAAAACAACAGCAAAAUGACAUAUUAGAGAGAACUCAUAUUGAGUGAAUUGGGUUCGAGGAUUGUUGUCUUGUGGAUUUGUAUAUAUAAUGUGUCAAAGCAGCUCGCUGAGACACAUUUAUUUGAACUUUGUAAUCUUUUGGAGUGUUGUAACCACGAAUUGCUUGCUGUUACUUGGACAGUGUUAGUUGCUAUAAGAUUUUUUUUACACAAA